AUGAUUUACCCUCGAGCAUGGAGCAGACUGAUUUCCUAUGUACCAGCGAGUAUAACGCUUGGUCUUGGACUGUGGCAGCUCGAUCGUCGUCGAGAGAAAAUCGAACAACUCAACGAUUGCAGGGAGCAAGUUGCACUUCCACCGCUCGAUGAGUCUAUCUUUUCACAGGACAGGGGAACACUCGAAACACAACCCUAUCGGUUGGUUCGUUUGCAGGGCGAGUGGGUUCACCACGAAACUCGUCUAGUCGGGCCGCGUCCCUGCCCACGCGGCGACCAAGGAGCACAAGCGUCUGCGGCUGAUCCAUACGGCUAUUUUGUCGUAACACCUUUCCGUGUGGCGGGCACGGAACAGCCGAACGUGCCUCAACUGGACGGCGGUUUGAUAAACUGGCCUGUCCUCGUCAAUCGGGGCUGGAUUCCGCGCUUGGAAGUCAAUGAGUACUGGCAGCGUGUUCGGCAGGUCGAGGAAAACCUCACCGGUCACGUUGAACACCAGAACAGCUUGAUUGCCGUUCUGCAGAAAACAGAGCGCUCGACAUUCUUUAUACCUCGCAACCACCCCGCGGAGCACAAGUGGUUUCGUCUUGAUCCUACCGAUCUUGGGGGCGAGCUGCUGCUUGCGGAGCUCGCAGAGCCGGCAAGCACCAUCCCAGGAGAGACUGCGCAAAACGAUCCGCUCCACGACUUGUCCGUCUCCCGCCCGUUAACCGCUGAACUCUGUCAGUUCUACAUUUCACCGGAGACACACGCUGGAUACAGUAUGACCUGGUUCACAUUGAGUGCUGCGCUUGGGUUCCUCGGAUGGUAUCGUAAUCGUCGUUUGCUGCUUGACAAGCGAUAA